CCAAGUGACGCAACAAAGAAUGACAAUGAAACUGAGGUGCCCCAGUGAACUCCAUAGAAGAGAGUUAAAUUUUGUUGAAACAGAUGAGUGGACAACCGCAUCCAUGACGUAUCACACACUGUUCUUGGGGUGUACUAAGUUUAGUAUGUCAACAGUUUUGAGUAUUUCUCGAUGCCAGGGACCAGUUUAUGCCAACAGCAAGCAACAUUUAGUAAAUGGCUCCAGUGUCUUCACUGUCCGUUAUUUCAGAACUUCCACAGCGUGUAGGGAAGACAUUGUUACAGUGAACACACCAGCAUUUGCAGAAUCAGUCACAGAGGGAGAUGUCAGGUGGGAGAAAGCUGUGGGAGACACAGUAUCAGAAGAUGAAGUGGUGUGUGAGAUAGAAACAGACAAGACGUCUGUGCAGGUUCCAGCUCCAGCAGCUGGUGUAAUUGAAGCGCUUCUGGUCCCUGAUGGAGGGAAAGUGGAAGGAGGAACACCUCUGUUCAAACUCAGGAAAAGCGGAGCUGCACCUGCUAAGGCAAAACCACCAGCAGCGGCACCUUCAGCCCCUGCCCCUGAGCCAGUUGCUCCUGCAGCUGCUGCUGCUGCACCACCCCCUGCAGCACCAAUUCCCACUACGAUGCCUCCUGUGCCCCCUGUGUCAACAUUGCCUAUUGAUGCUAAACCAGUGUCUGCAGUAAAGCCAGCAGCAGCUCCAGCAGCUGCUCCUGCUGUGGAACCUGGGGCCAGCAAGGGUGUCAGAUCGGAGCACAGGGUGAAAAUGAACAGGAUGCGUCAGCGUAUUGCUCAGCGCCUAAAAGAGGCUCAAAAUACAUGUGCCAUGCUGACCACCUUUAAUGAAGUUGACAUGAGUAACAUCCAAGAAAUGAGAGCUCGGCACAAAGAAACCUUCCUGAAGAAGCACAAUCUGAAGCUUGGCUUUAUGUCUGCCUUUGUGAAAGCUGCAGCCUUUGCCUUGCAAGAUCAGCCUAGUGUGAACGCAGUGAUUGAUGAUACAACCAAAGAGAUCGUGUACAGGGAAUACGUGGAUAUCAGCGUUGCUGUUGCAACUCCUAGGGGCCUUGUGGUGCCAGUGAUCAGAAAUGUAGAAACAAUGACCUUUGCUGAUAUCGAACGAAGCAUCAGCGAGCUGGGAGAGAAGGCACGAAAAAAUGAGCUUGCCAUUGAGGAUAUGGAUGGUGGCACAUUCACCAUCAGCAAUGGCGGUGUAUUUGGAUCCCUUUUUGGGACACCCAUCAUCAACCCCCCUCAGUCAGCUAUCUUGGGCAUGCAUGGCAUCUUUGAUAGACCUGUUGCAGUUGGAGGCAAAGCUGAGGUGCGACCAAUGAUGUAUGUGGCACUGACAUAUGACCACCGGUUGAUAGAUGGCAGAGAGGCAGUGACUUUCCUGCGUAAGAUCAAGGCUGUGGUGGAAGAUCCUCGUGUGCUGCUGCUUGAUCUGUAGAGGGCAGCAGCACCACCCCACCCAGCAGAGCACGGAUGCAGCACCAGCAGACAAAACAGAGGACAUUCAGGAAUCAGCAGGGCUUCAUUCCAGUCUCCUCCUCCGCUACCUUAGUGGCAGGGGUUGCUUUGAAAGGAACCCCAAGGGUUGUGUGCCAUCCAUCUUCCCUGUCUCUUCCAGUGAUGGGUCACUUUCUUCCCAGGGCAAACAAGAAGCUGUUAUAGGCUGUUCUGUUACAGCCUGUGGUGUUCACUCCAAGUAGAUCUGGCCUCACCUUUCUCCUGACAUCUCCUGGGGAUCGAAGCUGCCUGGUGCUUAGCUAGAGCUGCCUUCCUAAAGCUGCUCUUGCACAGAAUUUCAGCUUUAAUUAAUCAUCACCAGGGCUGGAUGCCAGGCAGAGUUGUUGCUGGGUCUGUACUCAACUUGAAGGCUCUAGCUCUUUCACGCAGCAAAGCUCGCCUGGGCUCCCUUAAGGUGAUUCUCUUGCAGUGCCUGAUCAUAUACACUUUCAGCAAUGGGGAAAGUAAAUUCUUACUCCAGCCACCUGGUGGGCUUUUUUUUAACCUUAGUGGGCUACUGCCUUCCCAGCCAUUUUCUACUCCCUGUAGUAGUAGCCCAGAGGUAGUUCUAAGAUUGCUUUCAGGGAUCUCCCUCCCCAUCUUCUGCUAUACUAUACCUUCAGGAGCAAGAAAGUGGAAGAAACAGCUCUUGCUCUCCCACGUGAAGUUUGUGUGUGUGUGUUUUAACCUCUAGUGGGACAGAAUUGGCAUCCCCUGUAGCUACUGGACUCCGUUCACAAGUAGUUUGGAGAUUAGGGGAAGGUUGUAGGCCUCUGCAGCUGUCCUGCAUUCCAUCUCUAAUCCUCAGUGGAUGGCUCCAUCAACUUCCUGUCUGCAGUGACUGCACUGAUUGUAUGCUGAUGUGGGUUGGGAUGAGACCAUUGCCACGGCAUGUUUUCUCAACCCAAGCUGCUGGUUCAUGGGGACAUAUCCUUAGUACAAUAGCGUGCACAUGUAUUGUUGAGUGAGAGGGUUGCUAGUGCCUGCAGGGUUUAUUACUCUUCUCUGCUGCACAGAACUUGUAAUUAAAGUAUUUAACGCAACAGAUUUUAAAUGAAAUAAAACAAGGAAAUUA